CGCAUUGGUGAUUCGGUGAGCCGCCGAGGUUGGUUGCUGUGUUCGCGUGCAUAAAGGCUCUACCUGCGGAAUUACAGGGGUCCGGAAUCCUGACACCUGCCUCUGUUUUCGAGUAAGCGGGUGGGUGUCUCUGCCGGAUCGAGGACAGGAAUGAACUCGGCUGUCGGAUCCGUAAAACUAUCCUAAAAAGUGCCUCGCAUCCUGCGGUGCUUCUACGUUUUUCCAGUCGGAGUCUGUGGCGGAGCUGUUUUGAUUCAACUGUUCGUGGGGAGACAAACGGAUCAGAUCAUGGGCCGGCACUCCAACCGUUUCCCCCAACUGAAACCGUGUUUUACGUUCCGGGUGUUGUGGAUGGUUCAAGCCUUCCUGGACCUGGCCGGCUCCCAGGAGAUUUACGCGCCGCACUCGAUCCGGGUGGAGGGCGACGUGACGCUGGGGGGGCUCUUCCCGGUCCACGCCAGGGGGGUCCCGGGGAUGCCGUGCGGGGACAUCAAGAAGGAAAACGGCAUCCACCGGCUGGAGGCGAUGAUGUACGCCCUGGAUCAGAUUAACGGCGACGACGAGCUGCUGCCCAACGUCACCCUGGGCGCCCGGAUCCUGGACACCUGCUCCCGGGACACAUACGCGCUGGAGCAGUCGCUGACUUUCGUGCAGGCGCUCAUCCAGAAGGACACGUCGGACGUGAGGUGCACCAACGGGGAGCCGCCGGUGUUUGUCAAGCCCGAGAAAGUUGUGGGGGUCGUAGGAGCGUCGGCCAGCUCGGUGUCCAUCAUGGUGGCCAACAUACUGCGCCUCUUUCAGAUCCCUCAGAUCAGCUAUGCAUCCACCGCCCCCGAGCUGAGUGACGACCGGCGGUACGACUUCUUCUCUCGGGUGGUCCCUCCGGACAGUUUCCAGGCUCAGGCGAUGGUGGACAUCGUCAAGGCCAUGGGCUGGAACUACGUCUCCACUGUGGCCUCGGAGGGCAGCUAUGGGGAGAAAGGGGUGGACGCUUUCAUGCAGCUCUCCAGAGAAGCAGGUGGAAUCUGUAUAGCGCAGUCACUGAAGAUCCCCCAUGACCACAAACCCUCUGACUUUGAUAAGAUCAUCCGUCUGCUGCUGGACACUCGGUACGCCAGGGCAGUCAUCCUGUUCGCGUCUGAUGAGGACAUCAGGGGGAUCCUGAAUGCCAGUAAGCGAGCUGACCAGGUCGGUCAUUUCCUGUGGAUUGGCUCUGACAGCUGGGGGGCCAAAAACAGUCCCAUCCACCAGCUGGAGGAUGCUGCUGUAGGAGCUGUCACUAUACUGCCAAAGAGAGCCACCAUUAGCGGGUUCGAUGCCUACUUCACGUCACGGACUCUGGAGAACAACAGGAGGAACGUGUGGUUUGCUGAGUACUGGGAGGAGAACUUCAACUGCAAACUGAUGAGCUCCUCCAAGAAAGACGAGAGCAGCAGAAAGUGCACAGGUCAGGAGCGUAUCGGCAUCGAUUCCAGGUACGAGCAGGAAGGAAAGGUCCAAUUUGUGAUCGACGCCGUGUAUGCGAUGGCCCACGCUCUCCACAACAUGCAGAGGGACCUGUGUCCGGAGAACUCCGGCAUCUGCCCGGAGAUGGACCUGGCUGGAGGGAAGAAACUACUCAAGUACAUCCGCAGUGUCAGCUUCAAUGGAAGUGCUGGUACUUCAGUGACAUUCAACCGUAAUGGCGACGCCCCCGGACGCUACGAUCUGUUUCAGUACCAGUGGAACAACGUCAGCGGGCCAGGCUACCGGGUGAUCGGACAGUGGACAGAGACGCUGCAGCUCAACAAUGAGGACAUGCAGUGGCCCCGGGGGGAGCAGGAGAUUCCCAGCUCUGUCUGCAGCCUUCCCUGUAAAACCGGCGAGAGGAAGAAGGUGGUGAAAGGCAUGCCCUGCUGCUGGCACUGCGAGCCCUGCGACGGGUACCAGUAUCAGUACAACGAGUUCACCUGCAAACUCUGCUCCUACAACAUGAGGCCCAAUGCCAACCGCACGUCCUGCCAGCCUAUACCCAUCAUAAAACUGGAAUGGCACUCACCCUGGGCAGUGAUUCCGGUUUUCCUGGCAAUGCUCGGUAUCAUCGCUACAUUAUUUGUCAUGGCGACGUUCAUACGGUACAACGACACGCCGAUUGUCCGAGCGUCGGGCAGGGAGCUGAGCUACGUUCUCCUGACUGGGAUAUUUCUGUGUUAUAUCAUCACAUUCCUCAUGAUCGCCAAGCCAGAUGUUGGUGUGUGCUCGUUCAGACGGAUUUUCCUGGGUCUGGGAAUGUGUAUCAGCUACGCCGCCCUCCUCACCAAAACUAACCGCAUCUACAGAAUCUUCGAACAGGGCAAGAAGUCGGUGACAGCGCCGAGGCUGAUCAGCCCCACCUCACAGCUGGCCAUCACCUCCAGUCUCAUCUCGGUCCAGCUGUUGGGGGUGUUAAUCUGGUUCGGGGUGGAUCCACCCAACACCAUCAUAGACUAUGACGAGCAGAAGACCAUCAACCCGGAUCUGGCACGAGGGGUGUUGAAAUGCGACAUCACGGAUCUUCAGAUCAUCUGCUCGUUGGGUUACAGUAUCUUACUGAUGGUGACGUGUACUGUUUACGCCAUAAAGACCCGCGGGGUCCCGGAGAAUUUUAACGAGGCCAAGCCCAUCGGGUUCACCAUGUACACCACCUGCAUCGUAUGGCUGGCUUUUAUACCCAUCUUCUUUGGCACGGCGCAGUCUGCGGAAAAGCUGUACAUCCAGACGACCACACUGACCAUCUCCAUGAACCUGAGUGCAUCUGUGGCCCUCGGGAUGCUCUACAUGCCCAAAGUCUACGUCAUCAUCUUCCACCCGGAGCUCAACGUGCAGAAGAGAAAACGUUCCUUCAAAGCCGUCGUCACAGCCGCCACCAUGUCGUCACGACUGUCCCACAAGGCCGGCGACCGGCCCAACGGAGAGGCCAAGACGGAGCUGUGUGAGAACGUGGACCCCAACAGUCCAGCAGCAAAGAAGAAAUUCGUGAGCUACAACGACCUUGUGAUCUAAUGGUAAUCCUCCAUCAGAACGACAGACUGGAAAGGAAAGAGGAGAAAGAGAGCGAUGACAGCAGGAGAUGUCUCCUGCCCUGCUGGGUAAAAUAAGUAAUGGGAGAAACAAACUGAAGAAAAGGAUGUUUUAAGUUUGUAUUUUUUUUUUUUCUUUCGGUCUCAUGUGCUUCACUGCCCACCACAGACUUUCAGACGCUGAAGCGAAGCCUUGUGGGACAUUCCCUUGAACGAAGAGUUUGGGCACACAGAUAUUCACUCGAUCAGAAAGAGAGAGAGAGAAGCAAGAAAGCAAAGAGACAAGGAUGAAGAAGUGUUUAAAAAAGACCCAGUGAUGGGAAAUCGUUCAGAAAAUAAAAAUAAAACCCAGAAUCUUUUUGUUUGUGAUGAUCAUACUGAGAACAAACACGGGAUGCAUCAGCGGACAUCUCGCAGCCUCUAGGUUGUUGUGAACAGUCAGAAUUGCUCACGAGGCUCCAGGUUGCGUCUCUCUGCUGUUGAUGUCAAAUGAAGCAGCCUCGACCUGACCUGACCUUUCUACGGAGCCCGCCUCCUCUAGUCUCUUAAUGUACUUCCAAACUGCAAGUUUUCCAACUUUCCUGUCGACCCGUGUGUAGUUGUUUAUGGCUUAAUUGUUGGCCUACUUUAGACGUUGAUUUAAUUUUAAUAUUUAUUUUUAAGACACCGAUGAUUACGACGUUGAUGAUGAAUCUAUUUGUUUCUCUUGCUUCUUGAAUGCACAUUGUUUUUUUAUUAAAGCCAUAUUCUUUGCUUUGAGAUUUCGAGGGUUUUGAUCAUGCUGCCACUUGGAAUCUGAUUUUUGUCACUUAAAUGUCUUGUGGCACAAAAUCCCAACAUCCUUAAAAACCCUGAAAAUACCCUUUCUCAAUCACUUCUUACUGUGAGUGAUGAGAUCCAUCAACGCACUAUUAUUUAUAACAGAUUAGAUGAGAUUACAGUGCAGUUAUAUAGUACAGGGGUUUUUAAAGUCUGACACUA